AGGUAAAAAAUGGCUGCCAAGGAUGGCGGGUUGGUGUUCGAAGAAACCAGCGAGUUUAAAAACCCAGAGGAACACUUUUUGCCGCCUGGAUGGGAAAUAAGAACAAUGGACGAUGGAAGGAUCUAUUAUGCGAAGUGAGUCUUUUCCCGUAGCUUAAUUCGUGAUUUUAUGAAAGGUCCUUUCAGGGAUCUGUUCCAAAACAUUUUGUCCGGCUUACGGAUGCAGGUUCCAGUACAGGAACUGAGUUGUGAUCGUUAUAAAUUAGAGGUUUUUUAAGAAAAAGAUAUUUAUAUUAAUUCAUAAAGUACAUUUUUCCUUUUCUGUAUAAAUUUUUGUCGAACAUAACGUCCUACAAACUCGCUUUUAAUUUUUUCUUAAUGUAAACAAUGAUAUUGGACGUUUUAUUGUUGGUCUCGCUCAAUUGAUUUGUGACAAUUUAAACAUUUGCUUACCUUAUUCUUAAUAAAAAUUUAAUUUUUAUAGUCAUUUGACAAAAUCAACUCAGUGGGAACAUCCAACGUCGGGAAAAAGAUACAAAGUCUGUGGAGGUAUUUCAAAUUACAUGAUUUACAAAUUAAAUUGUUAAUUGUGUCAAACCUUUCAAUCUUAAAAGCGUAUAAAAUGUAAUUUCUUCUUGAAAUGUCAAUAGAGCACCCAGAAAGGUAACAAGAAUUGCCAGUUUUUCUGCAAGGUGUUAUCUCCAUAACCAAAAACUCUUCGAAUCGAUUUACAAAGGAAUGUUGAGAAAUGGAAAUGGAGAUUUCCUGAUCAGAUUUUGAAGCUCUGAUAGGGCUUACAAAUAGAUUAUCGUUUUUUUCAUUUAUUUUUGUAGAGCUUCCACAAGGCUGGCAACAAUUAUAUGACAGUAAAGGGAGUGUUUUCUUUUUUGAGUGAGUAAUUUAAUCUCUUUGAAAUCAUAUCACAGAGAUACUAUCCUCUGAAAAUAUUAAGUAUUUGAAGAUGCUUGAUUUGGGGGUCAUUACCCAUUACCCAAUUAUAUUUUUAAAAACUUGAAAUUAGAAAUGACUGCUUUAUUGCAAUCUCUGACCAUAGACUGAAAGUCACUUGUCAUGUAGAUGCACAUGUCUGGAUAAAGUCCCUCAAAAAAUUCUUUGAAACGGUCAUCCCUAAGAAGAAAAUCUGUCACUGGUAACAAUUUUUUGAUACAGAUGAAAUUUUCCUUGAUUUUGCUUUUAUGUGCAAACAUAUUCCGUGAUUUACUGUUUUAUGGAAAAUUUAACAAGUUGUUGAUCUGGAGAUUUUUUUGGUAUCCUAAAGACUUCUUGUCGUAAUGGGAGAGCUGACAUAUAUCCAAGUUCUCAUCUUGUGUUAAAGUAGGAUCCAUUCUUAAAGAUAAUUUAGUUUCCACUGAUUGAUUGGUACAAUCUUUUAACAGUUCUGUGAAUAGAGUAACCACUUAUGCUGACCCAAGAAUAGCCCUAAACUUCACCAAAAGUAAAAAAAAUUCAAAAAAGUUGGAUAGUCACUCUACAGCCAUGCAUGUGUUAAAUGGAGAGGACUUGAGUGGAAAGGUUGCCAUUGUGACAGGAGCCAAUAGUGGCAUAGGUUAGCACAUUUAACACAUUGUGUUCAGGAACCAUUUUAAAAUUUACUGAACCUUUCUUGAAGGUCAGCUAUCUACAACAAGCAUUGUUUCUUUAUUUGCUCUCAGAUUACUAUUAUCACACCAAACCUCUCUUCAAUGGCCAUCUUUCUACAUGUUGAAAUUAACCAUAAUUGUCCUUUGAUUUGCCUUAAGCAUGUAAUAGUUGGAUGAUUACAUCUCAAUGCCCUCUCUUCUUACCUGGUUUAAACCAUUCCUUUGUUUGAUCUCAUCCAUGUUUUUAAGCCAACAAAAACUGUAGCUACAUGAAGUAAUGAUUAACCCUUUAACUCCCAAGAUCUGAUUGUUAAUUCUCUCCUCUAGCUGCUACACAUUUCAUUGUAAAAUGGUUACGAGAAUUUGAUGUUCAAUCUAGAUAAUAUCGUGUACCUGAUAAUUUUGGGUAAUCUCACCACCUAUUUGCUGGAUAAUGUUUUGUUACUAUGGGGAGAAGUAACAUGUUAAUCACUUCUGGGAGUCGAAAGUUUAAGUCCUACCCAGGUAGUCAGGCAGUAUUCAAUCUAUUUUUAUCCUAUUUUAAAAUUUUGCUCCUCUUAACCCUUAAACUCCCAAGAUCUCAUUAGUAAUUCUCUUUACUGUCUGCCAUAUAAAUAUUGCAAUAUUAGUUUGGAGUAUUUGGUAUUGGAUCAACUAACAAUCCCCUAAUUUAUGUCUUUCUUUGUCCUCAUCACUUGUCUUCUUGAUAUUGUAUUGAUAUUUUAAGGAGAAAUUCUGUCUUGGUCUCUUAUAUGGGAGUUAAAGGAUUAAACUAAUGAAAUCUUUUUUGUUUGUUUUUUUUUAGGUUUUGAGACUGCCAAGGCACUGGCACUUCACGGAACUCAUGUGAUCUUAGCUUGUAGGAACAUGAACAAAGCAAACAGGGCGGCAGCUAUGAUUAGACAAGUACAGGUCAUUAACUGAAAUGUUUACUCUUGUUAAUUUCUUUCCUAUGAAUAUUUUACUGUUUAUUUACCAUACUCUUAGAUAUUUCCAUUACUUAAAUUAAUUCAAAUUGUCAGUGUCAUGAUAUUAUCAGAAGGCUCCAUUUUAGGUCAGCAGUCAUCAUAUUACUAGUACCCAGGGCACUGCAUACAAAAAGGGUGAAUCAUUAUGCACUUGUGGUGUGACUUAGUUUAGUUUUGUUCUUCUUGCUUGGCAAUAAAACAUGCAUGUUCUCACAAUCUACAUCUCCUGUUCUUGAUCAAGAAGCACAAUGGUCAUUCCUACUGUACUUUCAAUAUUUAAUUUUAUAUGUACAUUAAUGGAGAUGUAUUUUCAGAAUUUCUUAUAAGUUUUGUUAUUAAGUUAUAUCAAGCAUGUGGGGAAUUAAAACCAGUACAUUCAGCAAACUUUCUUAGUUUUAAAAUAUAGUUUUAUUUUCUUACUUCCUCAAAUGCUGUAGACCCCUGAGGCUUACGUGGAAGCCAUGUUGCUAGACCUGGCAUCAUUUACGAGUAUCAAAAACUUUGCAGAAGAAUUUAGAGGGCGGAAACUGUGAGUGAAACCUACUCUAAAUCAAUUAUUUAACCAUUUUGGCAGAAGGCAAUAUUUUAAAGAAAGGAAUGUGCUGUGUGCAAUUUUCAAAAACUGAGUAAGAAUUUGAAAAUGCAAAAAGUGCACACAAAGUGUAAACUAGUUAACUUGAUUAAGAAAAGCAGAGGAGGAGUCCUUAUACUGUUUCAUGCAUUAAUUUUUAGAAAAAUUCACAAAUCACAUGUACCUAAACAGCUUUUUAUCUUUCAUUCAUUUGCCAAAUUUCUCUUAAAAUUUUGCAGUUUCUUCUUCAAGUUGGUAAUUCUAAAUGUAUAAUUUUAUUUCUCAAAUUUGGGAUUUUUCUAGUCCUCUUCACAUUCUUAUUUGUAAUGCUGCUGUAUUUGGUUUAUCAUGGAGCAAGACAGAGGAUGGAAUUGAGAGCACUUUUGGUGUCAAUCAUCUUGGCCAUUUCUACCUUGUGAAGUUGAUAGAAGACAUUCUUUGCUCAUCAUCUCCUGCCAGAGUUGUAGUUUUGUCUUCAGAAUCUCACAGGUGAGAGAAAUCUGUGUUCAUUUCACCAAAUCACAAUUUGGGCUUUUGUGCAGUGUAAGUUAGCCAUAAUGACUCUGUUGUUUUUGUGUCCCUCAGUUUCCAAUUUUGAAGGGCCAGCUCCAAAAAGUAAUAUACCUGUACUGUAGAAAACACUGAAUGGUAAUUUUGAGAGAGAUAAGAAAAUAACAAGAAAAGUCAGCUAAUUUCAAGUAUUGUAGCAGUACUGUGUUAUUGUUUCAUAUUAUACUGAUAACUUUUUGCUGAUAAAUCCUGGCAACAUUAAUUAAGAAGUACAAAGCUUUGGAACUCCACAUCUGAAGAGAAAGUAAAAAUUAAGGAGAAUCUUGAUAUUUGAUCAUUUGAUUUUUGAAUGUGGAAAAUAAAUAAUGCAAUCUGGGUUCAACUUUGAAAAAAAAAAAAAAAAAACUUUUGAGAAAAAUUAAUUUUUUUUCUCUGAAACAAAAGAUGUAUUUUGAGUUUAUUUGGAUGAUAAGUUAUUGAUUAAGUCUUUUCUCCUUCCCUAGGUUUCCUGACUUAACCUACUCUACAAAGUUACCUUUGUCAGAGCUACCCCUUUCUAAAGAUAAAUACUGGUCCAUUGUGGCAUAUAAUCAAUCCAAACUCUGUAACUUGCUCUUUUCCAUGGAACUGAAUCGUCGCUUGAAACCAAAAGGAGUGACAUGUAAUGCUGUACAUCCUGGGAACUUGAUUUACACUUCAUUGUCCCAUACCUCGUGGUUCUAUUGGAUCUUCUUUGUCAUGGCCAGACCAUUUGCAAAGACACCAGUAAGUUUUAAGUUUUGUAAUACACAAUAAUAAACUUGAAGGACUUCAGACGAAUCUAUAGUGGCUGUGCAAGAGGUACCUUAUGGUACCUUGUGAUACCUGUAGCUCUAAUCAGGAAUGUCAUUCUAAGCACCUCACCUCCUCUGGGGAGAAAGGAAGUGAGAGAGGUGGUGUUUUAGAGAGGAAGGGGCAUUACCUGUGUUUUCUGCCAGGUUGAAAGUUUUUGUUUUUGAAAUUGCUAAUGGGAGCAUUCAAGUGGUCAUUGUGGAAAAGUUUAACUCUUUAACUCCCACAAUUGAUUAACAUACCUGUACUUGUAACUUCUCCCUACAAUAUCCAUACAUUAUCCAGCAAACCUGUUAUGAGAAUACUCAAACUUGUAAGUAGAAGUUAUCUUAAUCUAACACCAAAUUCUCAUAACUAAUUUACAUGGAAAUGUAUAGCUGAUAGAGGGAAGAAUUAAGAAUCCGACUUUGGGAGUUAAAAGGUUAAUAAAUAGUUAACAAAUGAGCUGAAAAUGUGGCUGUUACAGGGAGGAGGUUGUUAGUAGUGGGCCUUGUGUUUUUUACAAGAGACCUCCUUAACAUUAAACUUGUCUAACUUACCUUCCUUUUUCCAGGCACAAGGUGCAGCCACUGUUGUGUACUGUGCGACAUCCAAAGAGCUUAAUAAAGUAGGAGGGCAUUAUUUUAAUAACUGUAGUGUGUGCAAGCCAUCAGAUGAAGCUAAGAAUCCUGAAACAGCUGCCAAGCUUUGGAAACUGAGUGAAAGGCUUGUCAGGCAGAUAACAUUAAAUGAUUCACAAGUUGUUGACUUGUAGUCAAUGGUUGGUUGACUCUGACUUGUUAAGGCCUAAGCCAUGCUGAAAGCAGCAAGCUGCCAUGAUAAUGGCAGGUUUGUCUAGAAAUACUGAAGAGCAAGUGUUUCAAGUUAAAGAACACCUGUUGUUGAAAGAGGCAACAAGAGAAAAUCUCAGUUUAAUGCAAUAUAAUUGCUCAGGUGAUUAUAGAAAUAUGUUUGUGCUGACUACUGGAGGAUUAUCUUUCCAUAAAAACUAUACACAAAGUGAUAGCAAUAUGGAAGUGCUAACUUUCAAAAUGCCCAUUCCAUGAUUGUUUAGGUUUAUGACAAUGAAAACAAAAGAAAAUAUGGUUAUUGGGUUCCUGAACUGAAUUUUUAAUAGUAUUAUUCUCCUCAGGUGGAGUCAAAAUAGAUUAGUAAUUCCUUCAACUUCAGCUUAGAGAUUAUUCAACAGUAAUUUCUUGGCCCUCAAGAAGUUAUGAACACUGCAUCAAAGGGACAAGAUGGACCUUUAAAAAAACUAAACCAGACAAAGUGAAUCAACAUUCAUUAAUCACAAAGUCAUAAAAAUUAUCAUGUAAUUUUUAAGUUAACUGUUUGACUCUGAAACUUAAAUGUUCAUUUUAAUUGGACAUUUAGAUAUAAGAAUGCCACAUGAUUGUAGAACAUUUUUUUCAAUGAAAAUCCAACACCAUAAAGAUGGAAACCAGAUACAGUAUUGUUAACAAUAUUUAUUGUAAAGACAAC